AUUCAAUUUGUCACGACUAGCUUUGAUCGACCACUCACGACUACGGCGACAGAAAGUAUCGAUGUGAAUGAAUGGCCAAGUGCGGGGAAAAGCAAGCAGCAGAGACACACGACUGGAAUGGAUGCAUGGGUCUAGCGCUUUACAUCAUCAUCAUCAUCGCCCGCCCGCCCUCGCUCGCUCUCGUCACACGCAAUUGCAAGUAGCAGCUGCCAGAGUCACGAGUCAGUAAUUCGAUCCACAGCGCCGUCGAAUCGCGAAUAGCGGAGAUCUAUAGACGUCGUCGCUACAGCCCCGACAGCCCGAGCCCGAGCCCGGGUCGCGUCAACAUGUCGCUACUCAAAUCCUACGAGUCUUUUCUGCUAUCCAACGCCAGUCAAAUCACUGCCGUCGAAUCUUCUUUGCGGUCUUUGACCUACUUUUUGCCAGGCAGAUUCAAGGAUGCUGAGUUGGCUGGAGAGGCGGUGUACGCCGCGCUGAAUCUGUUGGGCCUGUAUCACGACUCGAUCUUGUAUCGACUGCUGUCGCCCGCCAGCCAGCCUGCCACUUUCCUAAGUCGAUCUUCAGGCAAGAAUGCGUCCGGCUCAGUGUCGGUGUCAGCAGGAGGAGCGCGCACAUCCAGCGGCACCCUUUUGCAGCACACUCCAUCGCCUCACGCCAGGUAUACGCAUCACUGGGCGGAUCGCAGCUCGCUGUACAACCUCGCUGCUCGAUCUUUGGUCGUCGUAACCUACACCGAGCUACUGGCAGAGAUGAUAGCUAGAAGAAAGCUUGGCAAGCAAAAGGCGUGGGAUGUGGUGGUGGGCAUUGAGGCUGUCAAAGCUGCACUGCGGAUCGCACUGCUUCGUCUCACAGGCUCCAGGCCUUCCAUCCAGCCGCCCAUUCCGGAGCGGGAAGUGGACCCUGCUAUGUUAGACGAGCUGCCUGGUGGUGCUCGUUCCCUGCGUGCAGCCGAUGUUGGAAGCAGCAACGGCUUGCGCGCAUCCAAGUGGAGAGGAGCCAAGACGGGUUUCGAAAGGCCGACACUGGCAAGUCUGCAGGCAUCAAGGAAAGGAGAUGCUUUCAGGAACAGCCUUAAUGGGCCGGCUUCUACCAGGCCUGGACAGUCGCGCAUCGCUGCUUCGAACGCAUCUGGAGCGGCGGGCGGCAGCAACUCUUCGAGCGGAGACAGCGAUAGCGACGAGACGUUGGUGGAGAGUAUGACCGAGGCGGACGUCAAUGAAUACUUGCUCAGCAGGACACUCAAGCCAAGCGAUGUCAGACCUGCGGAAGAGCUCGUGAGACUGGUGGCGGGCAGGGAGGGAUCGCUUGCAGAAGGGCUUUGGAUAGCUCGGCCACUCAUCUACGCUGUCGCACUGCGGAAGUAUGGACGGAAAGCGUACUUUCCCUUUGUACUGUCUCUCUUGCUUGAAUGGCUCGCCCGGACACUGCGACAACGGUCCCUCGCUCGCUCAGCCUCGCCCAAAAAUCCUCUGCUUGCCAUGCUAGCCGGCGGCAAUCCGAUCCUAGCGCUCUUGACAGCAUUCAUCGGCGGAGCGCCGGAUAGUCAGGCCAUCAGUGAUGUGGAGAGGGCAGAGUGGAAGAAGAGAGGUAGGGCUUUCUGGUGGUAUCUGCUUAGGGGACCUGCUUGGGACGGAUGGACUAGACCGAAGCUCGAACGUAUCAUCAAUGCCACACAGAACAGAGCCAUCCUCGGCAUUGUUGGCGGAAUUAUCGGUGACUACCUGCCCCUCAUCGACGAGUACCACUUUUACAGCUCGACAUGAGACUGUUCAUAUGUCGAUCAUCUGUCAUACGAUGCGUCAUUGCCCUAGCCGCCCGUCGCAUUGCGCCAAAAUCGUGAAAUUUGGACAAUGAUCACGCCACGUCAAUUCAAGCGCGGAAGGUAAUGCACA